CUUUGCCUUGCAUCUACAAACGGGCGGCUGCGGAUUCAACAAUGGGGAUGCGGGUGUGAUUGGUUCUAUUCCGUGCACCUUAGAAUUUCCCAGUCUCAUCAAACCCGAUGCCAAAGAUGCGGCUGGGCUGGUACGCUGGGGCCUCGACGGCCCUUGCGGGCACCGUCGUGCUCUCCGCCUUCUAUCAGCGAGCCAACUUUUACUCGGCCAUGGUCUAUCUCGCCCAGAGCAACUUUUGUCUGUUGGUCUUGGUCAACUUUUCAUUGCUACUCUAUAGCAGCUUCGUCUACGGCCUUACGCGACUCUUCUUCGGCCCACUACGCGCGGUCGAGGUCGAGCAACUUACCGAGCGUGCCUGGUUUGCGAUAACCGAGACAUGUCUGGCCAUGACUAUUUUCAGAGAGGAAAUUGGCGCCUGGUUUCUGGUAAUGUUCGCCGCGCUGGUCACAGGCAAGGUCUGGGGAUGGAUUGGCGACGGCCGUGUCGAAGUCCUUGAACAGCAACCCCCUGCGAACCCCCGGCUGUUCCACCUUCGGCUGAGCGUCUCCCUCUCCCUCAGCUUCAUUUACGACAUUUAUAUUCUUCGAUACACGAUCAACACGGUCAUCCAACAGGCGCGACCCAAUAUGAUGGUUAUGUUCCUGUUCGAGUUCGCCGUCUUGGCGACGUGUUCGUGGCGGACCGGGGCACGAUACGCUCUAUCACUUACAGAGCAGAACAUACAGGAGUCCCAGAAGCGCACGCGGCUGGCCGAGCGGAGAAGAGAGGUCAGAGAGGAGCGGGAGACUAUUAUCAGACGUCGCCAGGACGCUGAAGCAGCAGGCGAACCGGUCCCGGACAACCAGGAACCACUACCGAACGAGGAUGAUAUCGAUGAGAUGGACAUUGAGGUGCCUGGAUGGUCUGCCAAGGGCGAAUGGGUUCUGUGGCUAGACCUCUUGAGUGACAUGAUUAAGCUAGGCAUAUAUGUCGCCUUCUUCUUCAUGCUCCUCACGUUCUACGGUCUACCAAUCCACAUCAUGAGGGACUUGUUCAUGACGUCUCGCGACUUUGUUAAGCGACUGGGAGCCUUGCUCCGAUACCGCAAAGCCAUUCAGGAGAUGAAUCGGUAUCCCGAUGCUACCGAGCAGGAGCUCUCCCGAGAGGAUACGUGCAUCAUCUGUCGUGAAGAGAUGCGACCCUGGGACCCAGAGAACAACCCCGGUGCAAUUGACCGAAUCCGCCCAAAGAAGCUGCCAUGUGGGCAUAUCUUGCACCUUGGCUGCCUCAAGAGCUGGCUCGAACGUCAACAAGUCUGUCCCACCUGCCGUAGUCCCGUCACCGGUGGUGAUACGGCUCGGCCCGCAACGCAACGUGCUGCUGGUCUCCGGAUAGAUAUUGGAGGAGCACGCCCUGCAGGCCAACCGCAGCCUCCCGCAAAUGGAGGAGACGCUGCUGCUCAAGGCCAGCAGGAUGGAGCUGGAGCGAAUCCCCAACGACCCGGCGGACCCAGGAUAUUCAACCUGGGACCUAUUCGAUUUGGGUUCGGAGCCAACAACCAGCAGGUCCAGGAACUCGCCCAGCAGUUUGGCAUGCCACGGGGUGUUCCUAACCAGGGAGGAGUUCAACCUGCAGCACCCGUCGCGACUCCUACUGAUCCCCUGCAGACCGGGAUUCCAGUUCCCACUCAGCCGCUGACUGGAGAUAACCUCCAGAACAUCGGGGCUCUACUCCAGCAGGUCGACCAGAUGAUCCAACGUGAAGUGCAGGCAAUUCAAAACACGCAACUGGAACUGCAAACCAUCCAACUACUGAACGCGGAGCUGCAUCGCCUCCGCCAGCGCCAACAGCUGCAGGACCAAGUACAGAACGGCCAGACGCAGCCUGCAAUGUCUCCCAGUCUCCACAUGCCUCAACUUCCGGUCAUGCCCCAACUUCCUACUCAAUUCCCCCAUACGCCUCAACAUUACCACUAUCCGGCGGCACCUCAGCCUGCGUUAACCCAGCCCGCCGGCUUCCCCGCAUUCUCGGCUGUUCCUCCACGGAUUCAGAGUCCUCUCAUGGCACGUCACGGAGCCUCCAGCACCGCCACUCCUAUUCCAGCGGGAAGUGCUGAGCUUCCUGACGGUGUUGUCAUACCUCCUGGUUGGUCUCUGUUGCCACUGCAGAGACUGGACGGCUCCUCGAGUUCGACACAGCCCUCACCCCAAGCAGGACCCCAGACUACGAAUGGAGAGGGCUCUAGCAUUGUUCAGCCCACACCCAUGACACUUGUACAGCCCCUACCUAUGACGCAUGUUCAGCCCACACCUAUGACGAUGCAACACCUUCCAACUGAUAGUCGAAGCAACGAAGUUCAACAGGCUGAGGCGGGUUCACAAGUGGCCCCGACUGAAGAACAGCCGGCCGCUCGUUCGGCCUCGGCUGCCCGGUUCACGCGAACGGCUGAGCCCCCUACUGUAGUGGCACCCAGCCCGAGGAUGCCCAAUUGGGGAGGAUCGGCUCAGCUCUUUAGUGGCACCUCUCGACUGGAUCAGGGAGAGCCUGCAUCUCAGACUGAGACACUCGCUGAAGCACCCGUCGACCGUACUACCACCAACCAGCCAACUUUUCAGUUGGCUUCAGAAACAGAAGCCCAGGCGGUGGUGUCACAGCCGGACGGGUUGGGCGAGUCGAGCGAGUCGAGCGAGUCAAGCGACCAAGAUGAUUCACCCGAUGAGCCCCUAUCAAAGGGCAAGGGCAGGGCUGUAACAGUUGAGGAUGCUGAUGACGAAGACGACGAUGAAGACGAAGACGAGGGUGAAGGUGUUAGUGAAAAGGAGAGGAUCUAGCUAAUACGUCUCCGACGGAGAUGG